UCAACGCCCUGACAACGGGGAUGUUCAGCAGGUUUGGAGCUGCGGAGUCCAUCCACAGCGACCAAGGCAGAAGCUUUGAGUCCCGUGUGUUCGCCACCAUGUGUGAGAGGCUGGGUAUGCACAAGACCCGCACUACUCCUCUCCAUCCUCAAAGUGAUGGCCUUGUGGAGCGCUUCAACAAAACGCUUGGACAGCAGCUGGUCAUCGUCUCUGCCAAACACCAGCGUGACUGGGACAAGCACCUGCCUAUGGUUCUCAUGGCAUGCCGUUCCGCUGUACAAGACUCCACCUCCUGCACGCCUGCCCUCCUCAUGCUGGGGAGAGAGAUCCGCACCCCUGUGGAGAUGGCGUUUGGUCUGCCCCUGGAUAGCCCUCAUGUUCCCCCGGGGCCGGAGUCUGCCCGGAGACUCCAGGACCGCCUGGAGACAGCCCACACCUUCGCCAGAGAGCAGCUGGUGAAUGCAGGUGUGAGGCAGAAAAGAGAAAGGUGGCACUGCACCGGGACAGGUCCCCAAACCCCAGGGACCCCCACAAUUCCCCACUCUGGCAAUGACAUUCUCCAGGCACCCACCCCCAGGUGCCGCAGACAAGGCUCCAGACAGCCCACUCCCCCUGUCUCCCUCCCUGUGUCACUGCGUGGUUCCCCGGAGCCAUGGACUGUAUUCCCUGUUUCCACUUCCUUGUCCCCCAUAUCCCUUCCUUCAUCCCCUGGGUCCCAGAGGGGCAGCCCCCUGCCACGGAUGGAGCCCCGUGUUUCUCAUCUGGACACUCCGUGACCAUCACGGCCACGCAGGCAAAGGAGACCGCAGGGUCGCUUCAGAGACUUUGUUUGUUCCCUCGGGGACGAGGGACUUUGUGGUGGGGGGGCUGUGUAGCGACCCACACAGAUAGCGGUGUGUUAUGUGUUAGGCUAUUAGUGGGUUGUGUUGUACUUACCAGUGUUCGCGGGGUCCGA